AUGCCGGCAAAGAGAAAACUGUCUCAAAGACAGCUAGAAAUCCUCCUAGAAUUUGCGGAAUCUCAUCAGGAAAUUGCAUUGGGCCGCUUCUGUGGUGGUCCGCUAUCGAACCAAGCUACAAAGCAAGCUUGGGAAGCAAUAGCGCUCCAACUCAAUGCAGUGGCUGAUGGGAUUACUAAAACACCUGACCAAUGGCGGAGAUAUUGGAUAGAAUUUAAAGCCAAGGUUAAGGCCAAGGCCGCAGAUGUUAGGAGGAGUGCAUCGGCUACAGGUGGAGGGCGAAGCAAACUUAUUCCUCUGAGUGACUUCGAUCAAAGGGUGCUAGCCCUCUUAGGACCUGUAGCAGUGGAAGGACUGCCUGGCGUUCGUAUUCCCGUUGAAUUGCCAAGUACAUCAACUACCCCACAACCAUCUCCUGAUGUCUUAUCACCAGCAAUGGAAGUGGAAUGGUUAGAUGAAGCAAUGGGUGGGACAGCUAGCGAGGAAGUGGAGCAAGAAUUGGUUCAAUGUGGUGAGCCUCCAGUUGAUUCUGAACCUCACUACUCUGAACCGAUUCCGGAGCAGACUAGCAGAGUAAUAGCUGAAGAAAGUACCGCUCCAGCUCCAGCUGUUCAAGUUCCACACAAUAUAAGAAGACCCAGGGCACAAAGGCAAAUUCGUCGACAUGAAGGCGUUCCUCGAUGGGCUUACGAAUUGGAAGAAAGGCGCAUUGCCAUCGAGGAGAGCCGUAUUGUCAUUGAGGAGCGACUAGCUAGAGUAGAGGAGCGUCGUGCUGCUUCUAUGGAGACAAUAGUUAACCUUUUAACAGUUUUAAUAGAAUUAAUUAGAGAAAGAAAUUUCAAUAUUUAA